AUGCCGACGGAGAAGGAGCUGCAGAUCUCCCCGAUUGUGCAGGAAUCUGUCGUGCACAAUACCAAGGCACUUGCCAACCUCCAGUCCCUGACGGCCUCCCUCUUCGGUGUUGCGGCCGGCAUACUCGGCCUCGAGUCUUACUCUGGCUUCCUCUUCUAUAUCGGCUUCACUCUGCUGACGGCCGUCCUCUUCUACGCCAUCCGGGUCGCCCCGGCCUCUCUGUCCGCAGGGAAGCCCAUCUUCGACACGAGUCGUUACUUCCGUGGACAGCUCGAGCUAUGGACUAGUGGGCUGUCAGGAGGACUUGCUGGGUUUGUCUUGACAUGGACGCUGUUUUACGGGUUGGUGAGGGCGUAA